AUGGGAGACGUGCCUGUGGAUGCCGCUGCACUUGAUGCGCACUUGUCCUUUUGCAUCAGAGCGAGUCACCAGUCAUCUUUCAGACCUACGUGGGAGACAAUUAGCGAGCCCACGAACUUAGUUUUUCGUCUCCCUGCUGCAAGGGGACCGUUGCCGCUGAUAGCAGAACCUCGAGCUGAAGCGGCAUCUUCCGGGUCCGUCAGUCAGGCCAAGAGACCGGGUGUGUCAGGAGACUCGCCAUUGAAGAUGGGCAAACAUUGGCACGGGAUUUCGUGGGAACACAAGCUGGAACGUGAGCUGGUCGCGGGUAUUAGGAAGUGGGGUGUGAUUAUUAUGCACUCCCCUCUGAGCUUCGAUAUCGGCCGGCGUCUGCGAGGUGAGCACAGACUUGAACCCCUCAUCUUGGAAAGCCUCGGCCACAUUUUUGCUGGGAAGGCAGCUGGCACUCUGCAUCAGAGGGCUGGUCCGAUGCUUAGGUACAUUCGUUGGAGUGUUCAGGCUGCCAUGGAUCCUUUUCCCCUUGAGGAGGGGCAGGUAUACGAGUUUUGCAAGAGUUGCGAGUUUUCAUCUGCCCCAACUUUCUUGAGGAGCUUCAUUGUAUCCAUAUCUUUCUCUGUGCACGUCCUCGGUGUCACAGGUGGAGCCGAUUGCUUGCUCAGCGGUCGGGUGACUGGCAUAGCGAGGCUCACCUACCUCGCCAAGCGCAAGAAGACUCGGAGACCGCCACUCACGGUUGCUAUGGUGGCUUUCUUGGAGAAUCUCGUUUGUGAUCCGACUGCCAGGGCAAUUGAUAGAAUCUGCGCGGGUUUCUUUCUUUGCUUGGUGUUCAUGCGAGCUCGGUUUUCAGACGGGAUGAACCUUGGAAACCUGCAAUUGGACACUCCAAGUGGUCUAGCCAAUGAGGUGGCUGGAUACUUAGAAGGAGAGGUUCUUCGAUCAAAGACUUCCUUCACGACUGAAAGAAAGACGAUGCUUUUGCCCAUGGUCUGCCCACGCUUAGGCGUCACAGGACUCGAUUGGGCGGGAGUGUGGAUGAAGCUACGGGAGCUUCACAAGAUGCCGACGGGCAGCGGUGUGCCGCUGCUCCCUGGUACAGGAGCUUCGGGAGAAUGGCUACUCGUGCCACCGAGCGCCACUGUCGCUGCAUCCUGGCUUAAGGGCAUUCUGAGCAAAGGAGGUUUUGAUCACGGGGCCCUCGCCAAGUUGGGUACCCAUUCGUGCAAGUGCACUACCCUCAGCUGGUGCGGGAAAUUUGGUCUCGAUCAGUCUGUGCGUCGCACACUCGGUUACCACACAGACCGAGCUGCUGCGAUGGUCAUUCUUUACUCUCGUGAUGAGAUUUCUAGUGCUGUGCGAGCUCUGGAGAGAGUCCUUGGUGAAAUCAGGGAGGAUCGUUUUAGGCCUGAUGCCACUCGGAGCGGACAUUUUCCUUGCGAGGUGGCGACGCCCUCAGCAGAGCCCGAGGGUGAUCCUCCCGACUAUGAAUCCAACGGUGGAGCUAGCGAGUCGGAAGAUUCACAGGACGAAGAGGACAACGUUGGUGAUCUCGGAGCCGAGGAAAGAGCUCUGGAGGAGAUUGGAGCGCCGUGGAGACCACAGGGCGCUGCCAGUGAUCGCCGUAUGUUCCGGCACAAACUCUCGAGGAUCAUUCAUUUUGUGGCCGACGAGGCCGGUGCCACUUUUGCAUGUGGAACAAAGAUCUCUUCGAAUUACGUUGAGAUGAACAGUGGAGUUUCCUUUUUGCAUCCUUUGUGCAAGAAGUGCCACCCGGAGCUGGUGCGGGCUCGGGUUGGGUGGAUGCUGGAUCGCUUGGAUCCGGGGCGAUCUGCCCUUGGCGAAAGGGCAAGACUUUGUGUUGACGUGCUUAGCAGUGACGUGGGUCAUGGUGGAUCGCAAAGUCUUGUCUUGUUUGAGCGUCGAGUCUAUGGCGUGCAGCAAAUACAGGGUCCUGUGAUGUGUGCUGCGCGAAUGCCGAGUGAAGUGAUUACUUUUGCAGAGGGUGUAGUCGUAGCAAUGUCGGUCACUGAUUCCGCCGCAAAUUUCCGUGCGAGGGCCAUCGCGCUGGGGCUUGAUGAGGCCGUUCUGCAGAAGAUCGUCGACGGGGGUAUUGACACAUUGGCCAAGUUUGCCUUUUCGUCUUCAUACACCCCGGGCGCUCAGGAUGAGAAGCCUUUUCUUGAUUCCAUCGCAACUCUUCUGGGUAGGGAUGGUAGCGUGGGAGAAUUGUCAGUACUUCGACGCUUAUUCCAUGAAUCCUACUCGCUCACCUCUGCUGAGUUGAAGCAGUCAGUGGAACGUGUCGAGGACGGGCCUGUCAAGAGAUUGGCUCAGCCAGACAGGGCCGACCGGUUGGCCAAGCAACAGAAACGUUUACCUGGGAUAAGCAUCCGAGGUCCUCUUGAGCCAUCUGAUCGACUCGUGGAUCGUUGCGUGGCGAUCUAUGAGGAAAACCGGCUUGUCUACGUUGAGCUUUCAGCCUGCACCUCUAAGGAAGAUGAAAUUAAGCAAGCCACGCUCAAGGAGGACAGGCAUCUUGUCGUAGAAAGCGGGGGAAAUGUUCGACUCAAAGGCCUGGUGAACAACAAGAUGGAUGCAGACAUUUCCUCUGAUUUGCUCAUGCGGUAUGCUCUUACUAGGCGUGGCCUAGCGAUGGAGCAAGCGGGAAUCAUCUCAUAUACACUGCAUGACGCAUGGACCGAGCAACUGCUCGCGUGCCGUUUCCGAGAACCCCCGACAGGGUACAGCCGCGUUUCCUUGCAACAGGUCAUUCAUGCUGACAGGCAAUUCUUCAUCAAACUUGCCGAGCUCACCCGGGAAGGAAUACAGCUUCAGGCGAAGGGUAGACCAUGUGAUUUGCACUUCGAGACAGCUCGCAAUCACCCGGAUGUGGCGCACCUAAUGCAACCCCUUCUUGCAGCGGUGCCUAGACCAGACCCCACAUGGACGCCCCGAAAAGGCGACGGCAAGAACGGCAAGGGAGGUAAAGGUCAGAAGGGCGGUAAAGGGAAGCGGGACACCACUGCCAUCACUGCUGCGAUGCCUAAGGAGAUUGCUGAUGGGGGGUUAUCUUUCACGCCUAAAGGGUACGCAAUCUGUUGGGAUUAUAAUCUCAAUAGAUGCAAGCGCAGAGUGACAUCAGGAAGGUGCGACAAAGGGUUGCACAUAUGCUGCCGUGCUGGCUGCCUGAAGUCUGGGCACUAUUACGGCAACUGUCCGAAAGCAGGUGGUUCUUGA